AUGGGGCCGCGGGAGCCCCGCCGCCGGCUGGAGGCGGUGCUCGCAGCCCUCUACGACCUGGGUGAGGAGCCCGGCGGCGCCCUCGGCGCUGCGCAGGACGGCGAGAGGAGCGCAGGGGCGGCGGCGGAGGAAGGAGAGGAGGAGGAGAGCCGGGGGCUGCAGCCGGCGGCGGGUGGGCGGCGCGGGGCCCGCGAUUUCUUCGGGGAGCUGCGGGCCGAGCUGAGCGCCGCCGCCGCCGCCGCCCCGCCGGCCCCGGCCGCGCCGCCGGCCGUGGAGGUCGUGGUGUUCCACGGGAGGAAGAGGAAGGAGCGGCACAGCCCCGCGGCAGCGCCGGCCGGCGGAGCCCAGACCCAAAUAGUGAAUGAAGAGACAAAUGUGAACAAACAAGAAUUUAACUUUGAAAAAGCUCGUCUGGAAGUGCACAAGUUUGGAAUCACUGGCUACAAGAAGCAUGAACAACGCAUAUGGGAACAGGAGCGUGCUAUCAUGCUGGGAGCCAAGCCCCCCAAAAAGGAACAUGUGAACUACAGGACUUACCAAGAGAAAAUGAAAGAGAAAAAAGCAGUGAAAGAUGCUGAUAAGGAAAAGGAACAUAAGGGUGAUUCUCUUAAGAAGAAGAAGAAAGAACAGAAGGAGAGGAAGGCCAAAAGGAAGAAAUCAGUGCCUAGCAUUUGGCCUGCAGGACAAGUUGGAAAAUUCAGAGAUGGGACCUUGAUUCUGCAAAGCCAUGAUAUAAGGAAAAUCAAAUCAUCCAAAGUUAGGAAAUGAACUUAAUGAUAGAGUGAAAUGGACAAUAUGCAUAAGGUAGAAUUCAUGUUGCUACCAACACAGACUUACAGAGCCUCUCACCUUCCCACCAUGCCCUAAUUUUUUAAAUUUUGUUGUUGCAGCAUUUUCUAUGUUCCAUUCUGCCUUGGGAAGAAUAUGAGAAUUUACCAUUUUAUAAAUAAAAAUGAGAGUUUUUAUUAA